AUGCCUCGCAACAAGUACGGAGAAGAGAUUCGACAUCGUUUCGACCCGUCUGAAGACCCUUGGUACUCUUCCGUUCCCAGGUCUGCACUCGUUUUCUACAAUCCCGACAAGAACAUCUCUCAACUGCGCAUUGUGUCCAAGCCAAACCCUACACCGGACGAUACAAGUCUAGUUGUCUACAUUGACGGUGCGUGUCGAAACAACGGUCGACCAACAGCGCGGGCUUCAUACGGUGUCUACUUCGGCCCUAACUCUCCUUACAACUGGAACGGUCUACUUGACGAGUCUCUGCCUCAAACGAGCACGCGUGCGGAAAUUGAAGCUUUGAAGCGAGCGCUUCUUAUCAUCGGUGUAAUCACACAGUUGGAUCAGAGCCUCUAUCGCAUCAGAAUUGCGACCGAUUCAAGCUUCUUAGUCAAAGCUCUGAGCCAGUGGAUGGAGCGCUGGAUUGAACGUGGUGGGGUGGGCUCAAAUGGCAGACAAGUCGCGCACUUCAAGAUUUUGAAAUGGUUGUACGACUGGUUGAACCGCUGGGAAGAUAAAGACGAAACAGGUUGGAGCGAAAUACAGCUCUGGCAUGUACCAAGGAACAUGAACCGAGAAGCAGAUGCAUUAGCGAACAAAGCUCUUGAUGAAGCUUAA